AUGCAAAGCGGCAGCCACGCAAUUGGCGCCCGGCCCAACGGACGUCCCACGCCGUUCAAAGUGAAUCACGCAGAACGCAAGCCGUUAUUCUCCAGCAACACUGCGCAGCCCGACGAAAACGACGAGAAUGGACUGCACGUGUACACGGCGAAGACGCCGGCUUUUGGACGGAUAGGAGCUGCAGACAGUAAGAAGGCGAGGCCAUCGUCAGACUUUGCCAAUGCCAGCGUCGUCUCUACCGGCGGCACGCGCAUCCCGCGAGGCAGCAGCCUGCCGCAGACGCGCCGAAAGCCGAUAUCGCUGCGUGAGGCCAUGGAGAUGGCAGAGGGCGAGGAAGAGGCAGCAAAAUUAAUGUCAGAGGCCGGCCUGGACAAUCCUGAGCCCGUCGACGGGUCACCCAGCCCUGCGCCGCGGCCCUGGAGAACGAGGACAGCGUCUGAAGUAUCAGAGCUGCGGCGGAUACAGGGCGAGGACCCUCUGGACACGAAGGCGCGAAGCAAGAUCCCGUCGGUGCGCAAUCCCAGCUUCAGCGCGACUCUGGUGAGCGGCAAGGAAGCUGCGGUGGGAGCAUCGCCAGCAAGGGCCACCCUGCUCAACGGCGGCAGCGGCCUCGCACGGCAGCGAUCAAACGAGUUUGCCAACCCAGCUCUCCGUAAUGCACUGCGAUUAGGCCCUGGAACCGUCUCAACCACCGCUGGCUCCAGCAAUGGCCUUCCCGAUCUAGUCCCCGGCAUCGAGGACCCGCCGUCUUCUGUCGAUCCUGGACUCUCUGCAGCAACGCUGGUGCAGCAGUCUUCUCCGGACAAGAGCUUUGCGUGGCAGAUGGAUGAAGAUUUUACAGCCGGCGAGCUGCAGAUAUCCAGCAGUCCUCGAGUUAGGACCGGGACCCGGCCAUUUGCCAGCCGCCUGGGAUACCGCGACGGUGAAAAGCAAGACUUUGAUAGCUUACCUCGCAUCUCCAACCCAGGGUCACGCAACACAAAACUGGACGAAAUUCGAUCACUCGAGCUCAAGGCAAACGGCAGCAACAUUCCAUUUGCAAGCUCAUCUCGCCCAAGGCCGGCGAAUACAAAGCUAGACGAUAUACGCACAAGAGAAGGGCAGGUAGAGCGCCAGAUUCCGGUACCGAGCCGACACCUGGAUACAUUAAAGAAUACGAGACUGGAAGAGAUUCGGCAGCGCGAAGCCGACGGGGUAUCAAAACGGGCAUACGCCGCUGCUCGCCUUCAGGAAAUCAAAGAACAAAACUCUAUGGCACGCCCCCGGUCACCCGACGACGGGUUUAAAUCUCGUGCGGCCUUUGGGCUUGCACGCCGGCGCCAGACCAAAACCGAUGCCGCUGAUGAAGAGAAGAAAGAGGAACUACCGCCAUCUCGAAUUGGGGGAUUUGGCUUUGGAGGAAUCACCGGUGGUUUUGGUAAGACGGCAUCAGAUACGCCCGCGACAGCCAUUAAGAGAGACCCAAUGCGCUUAGAAGCAAAUACAGCAGCAAAGCUGGACAGUGAAGAGCAGAAAAAGGACACCGCAACAAAGCCCAGGCUGUUUGAUCGCACAUACGACGACAGAGACCUGUUGCGACGGCUGGCAAGGGCCGCCAGCUCGCCGACAGCUGAAACCGAGUCGCGUGCAAAGCAGCUGCCCACUACUGCGCCAGCUGAAGAAGAUAAACAGGCCGCUCCCAGAACAAUCGCCGAUAGAAUCGCAUCUCGCCUGUUUGCUCCAAAGCGCGCUUCUUCUCUGCCCACCCCCGGCGCCAAAGCAGCGACUGACGCCAGCGCCAAGGAAUUCGAAAAGCCAAAGCCCACGGUGGGAUUCACUGGUCUGCAGCGCACGCGAUCGAUUGAAUCAAUUAAGAGCAAGCGAUCCAGUAUGCAGUCAGAGCCAGACCCGACCGACAGGAUAGAGGCGGAGAUGAAGCUGUUUGCGCCAUCGGACAACCACUCCGAACGCGGCUCUCUUCGCGCGCCUUCUCCUCCUCUGGACGACGAUUCGGACGGCGGCAACUUUAGGAUCAAGGAAGAGUCAGCCGAAGAUGCGACACCGAAGCCCUCCAAACCAGAUCCUCUAUCCAUGCCCACUCCAAAAAUAACCGGCGCCUAUGUCGAAACACCAGUUACGGUCAAGUCAGAGAAAUUGGCUCUCAAAUCCGAAGACAUACCAAAGCUGCGAGCAGAUAUCAAAUCAUCAACAGAUCUCCUCUUCCCUGACAGGAAACCAACCUUUUCGUCCUGGAGAAAUAGAGACCAAGACGUAGCUUCGGACCCCGGGCUGACUGAUGACGGCGACUCUGUGAUCUCGAAAUCGGCCGUCGUGAGGAAGCGAAGGGCAAAGUCGCUCCCUCAACGCAGGCUGCCCGUCAAGAACUCGGCCAAGCUUCCCUCUGUCAAGGAUGACAUGAUGGAGCUGCGCCGCGCAUACAACAUUGACGACUCGACAUUUGACGAUUUGGACGAGAUUCUAUCUGGCAGGAGUUUAAUCAAAACUGCUAAAGACUGGAAAAGUCGCAGCUUCGGCCGGUCCUCGGCAGUGGAUCUUGAUAUGGACCUUGAUUCGGAGUUUGACUACGGCGAUGUGAUUAAGAGCGAAAGCAAAAAGGACAUUCAACAGUCGAACUCGGACGGUGAAAUGGCUGCCUAUGAGAGAAUGAAUAAGACGUUGCAAACCGGCCUCUUGCGAAUUCGCUCGGCAAAGCAAGGCAUCGAACGCAUCGAAGAUCGCUUCUCACGAGCCCAACCACUCGCACAAGAAAAGAAGACUAUGGCUAAAGCCCCCGAAGGCCACGAACACCAUGGUCAUAUUGACCCCCAGGCAGGAUGCCCGUACUGCAAAUCGCCGGGCUCUACCGCAGUCGCCUAUCUUCAUCUCGCGCUGCCCCGGCUAUACCACCAAGAUCCUACUUUCCGCCUCACCUGGCUUGGUCUGCUUGUCUUUAUUCUCUCCGCAUGGUAUGCCGCCGAGUCAGCCAUGUGCGCCAUGUACUGUCGACCAGCCACCUGCCCUGCUUCCAAAUCGCCAUGUGUGUGGUCCUUUGAUGACCCGACAGAUUUCGGAACGGCCAUUCCCAUCAAGCUGGACCAGUGGAUCACUGGCGGUACAGGGCGCCAAGUGGCAUCAGUCGUGUAUGAGGAGGGUUACGAUUGGAUUGCCGACAUGCAAGACUUGGCUUUGGGACGCGAUAUUGAGGACGUGGAUAUGGAGACGCUGUCGCCCGAACAGAAGCGUCGACAUAGACGCCGUCUGAGAAAAAAGGGCCUCUUGACUGCGAGAGAACCGCGACCGGAAGAGCAGGCGAAAUGGGACGAGUGGCGAGCGGCAAGGCUGGCCAAGGAGAGGGGUGAAGAGGUGAGAGAUCGAGGACAUGGCAAGAGUAAGAGCACGGCAGAGGCGACAGAGGAUGAAGAGAGUGGAUGGGUCAAAGUCAAGAAAAGCUGGGGGAGAUGA